AUGUCGUACCACUCUGGACGCAUCUCCCCCUUACCUCCAGAGAAUGUGUCAAGGGAACAUACAACUACCCCAGAACAACAAUCCCCCCCUUCCCCGCCAAAAUUAUCACACAAAGAGCAAAAAUCGUCGCUGAGUCGCGCCGUCCAGAACCUGCUUAGCACCCCGCAGUCUGCAAGGGGUGCGGGCACUGUCAGCGGGGCUGUCCUAUCUUCACGAGAUCGUGGGACUCGCAGCCCAGUCGAGCCUCUCUUUUCAUCGCCACUCCGUAUCAGCUCAUCUGCAAUGGCGUCUGCCCCAAGCUCCCCCGAAAGACAUAGGGCCGACCCUGACGAUCUGCCCCGGAGAUCAUCCGACCAGUUUUCGAGAGAGACGGACCAGCGUCCUUCGACGGCACCGGCAGUCGGACAAGAGGAAGACUUGAGACCGGUGACCGCUCCGGCUAGCCCGGAACACGCGGUUUUCAAGAAACAUAAACCACAAGGGCGGCGUGCAAUGGCUGCAAUGAUGUCGGGCUUGGAGUCUCGCUUGCUUCCCAAGAGUUUCACUCGUGGGAGAGAUUCGAGCCGCGGCUCGAGUCGGCGUGGCUCCUCCGUGGACUCUAGGUCUCCUUCAGCGGGCUCGAGGUUUGAUAGAUCUCUAUCUCCGGGUACCCGCGUCUCCCAGCUCAAUCGGUCUGAGACGGCCGCGGAGGAAAAGUCGACUGAGAUCAAUUAUGACUCGGCGCACAGCAAAUCAGAGGAAGUUUUGUCGAAAUUAUCCGGAACCCCUAGUCUCCCGGACUACAUCAAACCGACGGAGGAGGAGCCUGGCGAGCGUCUGGCAAAAGAUGUGUUUGACAGCGACAAAAAUCUCAUUGAAAGCAGUGACGAAGACGAAGACGUUUCAAGCGAUGAGGAGAAUAUUCCUGGAGUACAGGUGGUCCAUUCUCGAGGCCGCAAGAAGAGGCCGACAGACAUCAGCUCCAUCAGUCCUAGUGAUUUCAGGCCAAAGGAUAAAUCCCAAGACACGGAAGAGCAAUCGUCUAGCGCCAAACCCGGCGAUACCAGGGGAAAGAAACCUAGGAAGUCGGCAUUAAAGGCGGUGAUUCAUCCUCAGACAAGUUUCGACAUCCCAACUCCGGCUACACAAUCGGUAGCUGGCACGCCUUAUGGAUCAGAGGAUGAAGCAGAGCGAGAUGACAUUCACCGUGCGCAGCAACUUGGUAUAUCAAUGUCUGCCAUUGACAAUCGUGUUCCCAAUCGAUCUAUUCGCACGAUAAUUCGUGGUAACUUUGCGAGCCUUCAGGAAGAGGCCGACGGGGGACGUCGUCGCCAACGGAAAUAUUUGGUUGCUACCGAUUUGAGCGAAGAAUCAGUCUACGCUCUAGAAUGGACUAUUGGAGCCGUUCUGCGAGACGGAGACACCAUGUAUGCACUGUAUGCGGUGCAUGAAGAUGCCAAUACCUCUUCUGUGCAGGUUGGUGAGGGAGCCAAGGCCAUGCAAGAUGCUGCUGCUGUCGUGGGGACCCAGACGAAGGAAGCUACCCAGAACGCUAGCCGUUAUAUUCUGGGUCGGCUGGGUCCAGGAACUACUAGCAAAUCGGGCUCUGUCGAUGCUCGUGCAUCGUCUCUUGCAGAAGCGGAGCGAGUCAAAGCAGUCGAAACAGUUUCCAAUACGUGUGUGAAACUGCUGCGGAAGACACUUUUGCAAGUUCGCAUCGCUGUGGAGGUCAUUCACUGUAAAAGCCCUAAGCUUAUGAUCACUGAAGCUAUUGACGAACUUGAACCUACUCUUGUCAUUGUUGGCGCUCGAGGCCAGAGCGCCCUGAAAGGUGUACUUCUCGGUUCCUUCUCCAAUUACCUACUCUCCAACUCAUCUUCUCCUGUCAUGGUUGCCCGCCGCAAGCUCAAGCGACACCCUUUCAAGGGUAGAUUUAGCAAGGACUUGCGCCUGAGCAACAAUCUCAAGACCCCAAAGAGCCUCACGCAAGCUAAGGUUGACUGA